AUGGGUUGGAAGUACAACGCGGGUUUGGGGUUGAUUGGCACGGUUGUCUUCAUAUGGAUCGCUUCUGCAGAGGUUACUCAGAGAAUUUUCACCGAGUACAAACAGCCGUUUGCACUGACUUAUCUCGGGGUGUCUCUAAUGGUGGUCUAUCUACCUAUAGCAGCUUUGAAACAUUGGAUCUGCAGCUUACUGAAACCAAAUUUAGUUGAUAAUUUCUACAACAAUGAGAGUGCCAUGAGCACUUCAGUUGGGCUUGAUAUCCCACUUAUAAUAAAUGAAAUGCACCACAGUCCAGAAACCGAUGUUACAAGCUGCCCAGUUACUGACAAAGAUCUUAGCAAUGCGGAAGAAGGGCGGCCUCUAAUCGCUAAGAGUGAAGAAGAUGAGUCUCACUUGCUUGAACAAAGUGAUCAGCUUAGUCCCUGGGAAAUUGCAAAAUGUGGCUUAAUUCUUACUCCAAUAUGGUUUCUUACAGAGUAUCUGUCAAACUCUGCGCUGGCAAAUACCAGUGUUGCUAGCACAACUGUCCUAACUUCUACAUCGGGGCUCUUUACACUUUUCUUUGGAGCUCUUCUUCGUCAGGAUUCCAUAAGUAUUCCAAAGAUAGUUGCUGUCUUUGUCAGCAUGGCUGGUGUUGCCAUGACCACAGCUGGAAAUACUUGGGCACCUGAUGAACUGCUGAGCAUCUCUGAGACUAGAAAGCACUCUAUAACAGGAGACAUUUGUGGUCUUCUCUCAGCAGCAUCAUAUGGAUUAUUUACAGUGUUACUUAAGAAAUUUGCUGGAUCAGAAGAGGAAGGAGAUAAGGUUGACGUGCAGAAGCUCUUUGGAUACAUUGGUCUCUUUACUCUGCUUGCUCUGUGGUGGCUUGUGUGGCCGCUCAAUGCCAUUGGGAUUGAACCUUCUUUUGAGCUUCCACAAUCGAAAUCUGUUGGGGAAGUUGUGCUGUUAAAUGGCUUCAUGGGGAGUGUUCUUUCAGAUUAUUUUUGGGCACUUUCUGUGGUUUGGACUUCUCCAUUAGUUGCAACGUUGGGCAUGUCCUUGACAAUUCCCCUUGCUAUGGUAGCUGACAUGGUAAUUCACGGCCGCCAUUUUUCUGCAGUCUACCUCUUUGGUUGCAUUCAGAAGAGAAGAGAAGAGAAGAAGAAGAUGGAGAAAGGAAAGGGAGUGAUGGGAGCAGGUCGAAGAUGGGCCGUUGACUUGACUGACAACUCAACCUCCCCUUCUUCCCGCGACGUCCCUGAUCCUCCUGGCUUCUCUCGCACCUCCCUCGAACAGGACGAUUCAACUGUGAGUCGCCAGAAGAAGGAUGCCGAAUCUACUUGGAAAGCGCAGAAAGCUUGGGAAGUUGCGCAGGCCCCAUUCAAGAAUUUGCUAAUGAUGGGCUUCAUGAUGUGGAUGGCUGGAAGUACAGUGCAUUUGUUUAGCAUUGGAAUCACAUUUUCUGCUCUUUGGCAGCCCAUAAGUGCCUUACAGGGUGUAGGAAAGGUUUUUGAGCCCUACAAGGACAGCAAAGUAGAUCUUAUUGCCCCAAAGUUGCUAUUCAUUGCCCUUAAUUUGGGAGGUUUAGCACUGGGUGUUUGGAAGCUUAACACUUUGGGGUUGCUUCCUACACAUGCAUCUGAUUGGGUUUCAUCCUUACCCCCUGCUCAGUCGCAACCAUGGAACCAUUCUUGA